AAAGAUCGAAAGACUGAACCUAUGUCAGUCUAUUCAUUACGAAUUAUCGUAACAACGUUGUUUGUAAUUGUUCUAGCUGGAUAUACUGUAUUUUUAAUUUUGGAUGUUUACAAUGAUCAACCUACUAUUAUAAGUUCUUUAACUAAUGUAAAUUCAUUUCCUGUUCCAAUGUUAAUACUUUCAAACAUUCCUAUGAAAUCUCAUUUAAAUUGUUAUUUCACAUAUGCUGCUAAUAAUACUCGUGAAGACAACGCAACAUGCACUCAAUAUUUAAGACAGCCUGUGUUAGAUACUACCUCUAAUAACUAUACCAGCUACUUUCAACCUGAUGGAAAUUUAUUAUUUUCAACAAGUUCUAACGAUAGUUUGAAGAAUAUGGGAAUUAUGGUCUACAUUGAUGAUCCCACAUAUAAUGCGAACAAUCUUUCGAUGUCUAUAGACAUAACUACAGUUGACACAG